CUUCGCUUCGCUCACUUUGAUGGGGACUCGAAUAAUAAGCAGGGAAAAUGCCUGUAAUGAAAGGAUUACUUGCGCCGCAGAACACCUUUCUGGAUACUAUAGCCACGCGCUUUGAUGGCACUCACAGUAACUUCAUUCUGGCCAACGCUCAGGUGUCCAAGGGCUUCCCCAUCGUUUACUGCUCGGAUGGCUUCUGCGAGCUCACCGGUUUCUCCCGAGCCGAAGUCAUGCAAAAAAGUUGCGCCUGCAAAUUCCUGUACGGCCCCGAGACCAGCGAAGGCAUCAUUAUCAGCAUCGACGACGCCUUGGAGGAACGCAAGGAGUUCAAGGACGAGAUUAUGUUUUACAGUAAAACGGCGGUGCUCUUCUGGUGCCUAUUGGACAUUGUACCAAUUAAGAAUGAAAAGGGGGACGUUGUACUCUUUCUGGCUUCGUUUAAAGACAUUACCGACGUUAAAGCCAAAAGCAUUCAAGAGGACAAGAAGGAAGAGAGGCGGCGUGGCCGGAUCAAAACAGGAUCACCGUUUGGUUCUACACGAAUGCGGAGUGGAGCGGUGCUUUAUCAUGUUUCGGGGCAUCUUCAUAGCAGAGAGAAGAGAAAAUUAAAGCUCAAUAAGAAUGUAUUUGGCGACCCUCCCGCCCUACCCGAAUACAAGGUAGCCGACGCCAAAAAAUCCAAAUUCAUCCUGCUGCACUACAGCACAUGCAAGGCCGGCUGGGAUUGGCUAAUCCUCCUGGCCACUUUUUACGUGGCCGUCACCGUUCCGUACAACGUGUGCUUCAUCGGCGACGACGACGACCUGACUCGCAGCACAACCGUCAGCGACAUCGCCGUGGAGAUCCUUUUCAUUCUGGAUAUCGUUUUCAAUUUCCGCACCACUUACGUCAGCAAAUCCGGCCAAGUGAUCUUUGACGCCCGGCAGAUUUGCUUUCACUACCUGACCACCUGGUUCGUCAUCGACCUGGUGGCCGCCUUGCCCUUUGACCUGCUGUAUGCCUUCAAAGUCAGCGUGGUGUCGGUGGUGCACUUGUUGAAAACUGUGCGCCUGCUGCGCUUGCUCCGCCUCCUCCAGAAAAUGGACCGCUACUCGCAACACAGCACCGUGGUUCUGACCCUACUCAUGUCCAUGUUCGCAUUGCUGGCCCACUGGAUGGCCUGCAUUUGGUACAUUAUUGGGAAAAUGGAAAUGGAGGCCAACGCUUACAACUGGGAUAUUGGGUGGUUGCACGAGCUAGCAAAGCGCCUGGAGUCGCCGUACUUCCCCAUGGGAAGUGUGAACAAUAGCGGCGGCGGCAGCGGCCCCCCCAUCCGCAGCGUCUACGUGGCCUCCCUCUACUUCACCCUCAGCAGCCUCACCAGCGUGGGCUUCGGCAACGUGUCGGCCAACACCGACGUGGAGAAGAUCUUCUCCAUUUGCGUCAUGCUUAUAGGAGCGUUGAUGCACGCGUUGGUCUUUGGCAACGUGACAGCCAUAAUCCAGAGGAUGUACUCCCGCUGGUCGCAGUACCACACCCGAACCAAAGACCUCAAGGACUUUAUCCGAGUGCAUCAUCUACCGCAUGGCCUGAAACAACGAAUGUUGGAGUAUUUUCAGACAACCUGGUCAGUCAACAACGGCAUCGACUGUAAUGAGCUUUUGAAGGACUUCCCGGACGAACUUCGCUCUGAUAUCACCAUGCACCUCAACAAGGAGAUCCUGGAGUUGUCCCUCUUCGCUUCGGCCAGUCGCGGCUGCCUUCGAUCCCUGUCGCUUCACAUCAAAACCACCUUCUGCGCUCCCGGCGAGUAUCUCCUCAGAGAAGGCGACGCUCUUCAGGCCAUCUUCUUCGUGUGCUCCGGCAGCAUGGAGGUCCUCAAGGACGGCAUGGUGUUGGCCAUUCUCGGUAAAGGCGACCUGAUCGGGGCGAACCUGUCCUUGGACGAGCGAGUGAUAAAAACCAACGCGGAUGUCAAAGCGCUGACCUACUGUGACCUCCAGUGUAUUAACUUGAAGGGGCUGUAUGAAGUGCUGGAUCUCUACCCGGAGUAUUCGCAUCACUUUGUGCAGGAUAUCCAGCAGGAUCUCACUUAUAACCUAAGAGAGGGACAGGAGACGCACGUGAAGGCUAGACUGUCCACGGCAGCUCUUGACGCUCAGUCAGGUGCGAAAAGGAACGGACGACUCGUUCAGGGUUGCCCGCCUGUCGCCGAGGCCCAAGGGGGACGUGACAAGGACAAAAGGGAGGAUGACGAUCGUCCGUCAUUGGAGCAGAAGAGAGUAGUGACCCUCAAGAGCGCUGGCGGGUUGUCUCCGGUGGGUCACGGAGACGCGGGAAUGAACUGCGAGAAGUCUCGAAGGACGAGUGAGGAUAUUACACUGCUCACGUUAGACCCUUCUAACCUCAGCCCCAGGAUAGUAGACGGAACAGAAGACAAUAAGAGGACAGAAAGUUCAUCCAAGCGUGGUUGCCAUGACAAUGAUCCCAGCAGUGCCUCAGCAUCCACCACAGAUACGUCGCACGUCAGCACGGCGGAAUUAGUUGCGAAAGCGGAGGAGACCAGAGGACAACUCGGGCAUCUUAACCAACAGGUGCUGAAUCUCGGCAGGGAAGUCGCCGACCUCGGCCAAGUGAUGAAGAGAAUGGCCCAGCUCAUGGAGACCCUCAUGUCAUCUACCCCCCAAACAACACCUGCGUGCCGCCCAUACGCCUCCGCAGGCGACUGCGUCCAACCGCCCGACACUAACUCGCCUCCGCACUACCCUUCCCCCCUUUUAUCUCGGACUCCUUCCAUCUGGACGGACGCGCCUACGUCGCCGCCCACCUCCCACGCACAUGGACCCCGGGACCUUCAGACGGGGUACUCCCACCCUGCCCCCUUCCAUACACACACCUCCUCCAUCAUCGUAGAGUCUCGACUGACUUCUUCACCGGAGACGUACAGAAACGAGGACGGGCUUUCUACCUCAAUCAGGUCAAGGGGACGCAGUCCACCUCCGCGGGUCGGGAGUGACGCCAGCCCCCAUUGGAGCUCCGAAUGUGGACUCGUGGAGAUCCACCAGAACCCAAAUAAGACUUUGUAGCGGGCCUGUUUUUAUUAUUAGACAUUUUUAUUACUGGGAUGCAAGAUUGCGAUAAUGCUACAAAUUCAAAUGCAUGUAAAGAAAUUAGUUGUGUUCGUGUUACCUUAUAGCAUUAAGUGUGUAAUAGGUUUAAAGAUUAAUGUUUUCACUGCCAUUGACAAUUAUACACAUCAUUGGCAGUGAAUGACAACGCUAACAAACUACUCUCUCCUUUCUGUCACCUGACCAACCCUGAUGCACCUUAAAAAAUUUUUAAAGCAAUAGUCUAUUUUCUCAUUAUGGGACUACAAUAUUAAAAAUACUGGCAG